AUGAUACAAUCGCAACAGCAAGUUUUAUUCCAACAACCACACACUCAGGCAAAUGUACAAACACAUGAACCUCCCGCCACCACUAGUAAACUAGCCGCUGACGGUCGACAAGUGCAACUCGUGGCCAUACCGCAAACAUCGGGACCCACUGCGGUGGUGGCUUCCACUAAUCAAACACCAACAGUACAACAACAACCCACCAAUGUAAUGGCUUCAAACAAUAACAGUGCCAAUAAUAGUAAUAAUAGUAAUAAUAAUAAUAUAUCGACGCCAGCAACUGCCACCAUACUACCACCACAUAUCACCGGUAUGCCCAGUAAUGUAUCGAUAUCGGUGGGUUCACCCGCAUCAGCAACUGCACUUAUUCAGCAACUCACCGGCAGUUUGACAUUGGCGGUAUCAGAGCACUGCGAACGUCUUAUAUUGCGGCACAAUCCAAAUCAACCACAGGAUCAGCAAUCGCAGCUAAUACUCCAAGCACUACUUAAAGGCGCAUUGCCAAAUGUGACAAUAAUCAAUGAGCCAACUAAACUGGAUAACAGUAAUAAUGGCGGCGGUGGCAGUAGUGGUGGUAACCAGCAAAAUAACCGCACGAAUGCGGGUGGAAUAAAUGCAAUAGCACCGACAUCGGUGAACAGUGCAUCACAGCCACAACAAACUAAGCCAGCGGUUGCGUCCAACACCGGGGCCAUAAGUAAAGUCACUCUGCCAACGCAUGUUUCUGCGCCUAUAGGAACGAAAACACCCACACUACAAUUGCAGUUCAAUGCUUCGCAAACACCGAUUUCCGGAGGUGCGUCUGCAGGAACAGUGGGAUCAACUCUUCAAUUACAAAUGCCGCAACAGUCGCCGCAACAAAGAGCGCUGGCACAACAGCAAGGCAUGAUUCAUUCUGCGCAGCAGUUGUUGCAACAGCAGCAGCAACAUCAACAGCAGCAGCAACAGCAACAACAACAACAGCAGCAGCAGCAGCAACAACAACUACAGCACCAGCAACAACAACAGCAGCAGCAGCAACAUCAACAACAACAACAACAGCAACAACAACAACUGCAGCACCUGCAACAACAACAGCAGCAACAACAACAACAACACCAACAGUCAAUGCUACCACAGCUGUCGCAAAUGAAUACGUUACUUGGUGCUGCAUCAUUAGCCGCUCAAGGCCAACAACGUUAUGUAUCGUUACCUAAAAUAAAUGCGGCAACACAGCAGAUAUUCUCUCUAAACAGCGAAACGAAUCAAAUCACUCCCAUUAGUCCGACGCAGACUGCUGCGUCAAUUGGCCCCACCGAACGUCUGCUGAUCGCGCCAGCCGGCAUCAAUGCUCAGCAAUUAGCACAGUGCCUGCAGCUGGGUCAAAUACAUUUCAACGAUGUGAAUCCGUUGCCACCCAGCACGCAGCCGCAACCCACGAUGAUGGCCAUGAAUCCGACACUGGCCAUUAAUCAGCAAGCAAUGCAACAACAACAGCAACGCUUACAGCCGCCGCAGCAGCAAAUAGUACACCCGCAACCCAUCCAACCACUAAGUAGUAUAGCAAGCAGCGUCAACACUAAUAGCACUAAUGCAACUACAAAUACGGUUACUAAGCAAGUGGCCAACGUGGCGCCCAUUAUUGAUCAGAGUAAAGCCAAGUUGGAGCCGACAAAAGUUGUAGCGCCAACAGGUGCCGUCGCAAAGAAGAAGCCAGUGCGUAAGCCGAAGGCUACCACUACAGCUGCCGACGUAGCCAGUGGCACUGCAGGCAUAAAAAAUGCGAGCGUCGUUAAGCCAAUGCCAAAAUUGGAUCCGCUGUCGCAGAAGCCGAACAAUAACCCCGUACAGAUCGUGCAGCCGAAUGUAGCCAGUGGCAAGCAAGUUGUCGCCGCAGGUGCUCCCGGUAAUUUAACGACAGCAGGCAACAACAGCAUACAACCCUUUCAGUCAAUGCAGCAAACGACGAAAUUGAUUGGCGUAACGGCGCCCAUGCAACAGCUGGGCGCCUCUGGAGCGAGCUCACAGCAACAGCAGCAGCAGCAACAACAACAGCAACAACCAACAAGCAGUGCACCAAUGAUGCUGCAGUCUCCAAAUGUUCGCGGCUUUGUCAGCAGUGCAAGCAUUACUGUUGGCUCAACUACAGCAACCAGCACCAGCGGCAUGGCUACCAGCAGUAGCGCGGUUACAAGCAGUAGCGCGGUUACAAGCAGCAGCAUGAUGAUGACGUCAUCGUCGACGACUCUGACGCCUAGUUUUAGUAAUAACGCGCCGCCGUCUCUUUCGGCUCUGAACUCGUCUAGCAAUGCAAGCGCAACACCACAGCAACCGCAGCAGCAGCAGGCAGCACAGCAGACUCAGCAACAACACACAGUGUCGCGUGUACAAACAAUUCAGCUGACGGCGCAACAGCAGCAGAUGUUUAAGCAAGUGCAAAUGCAAAUCCAAUUUCUGACUAUUAAGUUGCAGCAUAAAUCGUUGCUGAACUCACUGCCAUUGCCGCCCGAUUUUGACCCAGCCAUCAUCGCUGCAUAUGCCAAACCGAUGAGCGAUCCUGAGAUAAAUGUGGCACUGCAACGUCUGUAUACAGAGCAGCAGCGCAUAUUGGCCGCUGGCAAGGAAAUGCCUACGCCCGAAGCCUAUCUUCAAAUGCCUUCGAUGGGCAAUGGCGCAGGCAUUACACUAAUGACGCAGCCGACACUGAUGCAGCAACAGCAUGUAGGAGUAAGUAAAGCAAAUACAACGGGCAUACCGGCGAAUGUCGUGCAACCUAAUAACCACUCAUCCACCGUGACCAAUGCGAUGGGCAGUGCUGCAGCUGGUCAGCAGCUGCAGUCGCAGACACAGCCGCAGGCGCAGGCCGGAGUAACGCAUCGAAUUCACAUAUAUCCGAUGCAACAUCACCAAACAGUGCAGCAAAAUAAACAACAACAACAACAACAGUCCAAGUCGCAGCAAACACCAACAACUUCGCGUGGCAAAGACAACGCUAACACCAGUGGAAGGGGAAGCAAAACGCCAACACCCAACUUGCAGCAAAUAGCGCAGAAUUGCAACAGCAAUAGCACGUUGGUGCCCUUGAGCACACAGAAGCAGCAGCCAACACUGGUGCCAACAACAAAAGCGCCUGCUUUACACUAUCAGCAGCAACAAACGCAGCAACAGCAAUUCAUGCUACAAAAGCCAGUUCUAGUGAGCAACAUCAACAGCAGUAGUGCAAGUCUCAUGAACGGACCUCCGCCACUAGUUUUCUCUAAUCCGUUGAUUGCUGCCGCAGCCGCAACAACAAGCAGCGCUAUGCUUUUCACAUCUGGCCAAAAUGGUUUCUUGCAUGCCUUCUCGCAAGCGCCCGCCAACAGCCUAUCCACAAUAACGACCACCGCAGCACCAGCCAACACAGUUACAAGCCCAAGCAGCGCUAUCAAUACCACGACAACUGCAACCGUAACUUCAACUGCAGCAACAGCAACAUCAACAUCAGCAUCAACGUCUAAUUCUAAUAGUGCUGUCUGCACGAGCAUAUCUGCUGACACAACCACCAGCACAACGAUUACCACAACAACAACUGCGGUAGGUGCUGCGGUAACGUCAACCGAAAGUACGCCACCAUUGGAUACGCAAGCGCCACUUCAAGUGCCGAGAAGUAAUGCAUCGUUCGUGUCUGGCAGCAGCAACACCACCACCAGCACCACCACUACCCCCACAAUGUCCGCCACUACACUGGGCAUGCAUAUGAUCAAAUCAGAAGAGAACAUGGCGCCACAGCCGAAACUUGCACGUCUUUCUUUAUUUUUACGUCAAUUGGAGUUGGAUCAGCAGGCGUGCUUAAAACCUGACUACCUCAAUCCCUUUCAGGACAAAGAGGAGGCCGUAAAACGGUUAAUAAGGUAUCAUUGCAUGUAUGAGAGUGUUGAGGAUCUACCAUUUGAGGAUGAAGAGCGUUUCGAGCAGACGGCGAUGCAAUAUCAGGAAAAAUAUCACAAAAUUUCAACCAAAUACCAAAAGAUCUUGCAGCAGGAGUCAACGUUAGCUCAUCGUACAUCCGAAACUUGUCAAAUCCAACAAUUAAUGAUUGAUGAUCUGAGGACGGAAAUGGAGCAUUUACGAAAUUCGGAGCGUGAGCAAGCAUUGUAUGAGCAGCAAUUGCACCAACAACAACAACAAAAAGAUCUGCCGGAGCGCGAGCAAUUCGAACAAAAUGUUGAUCAAUUGCCGUCAGUCGAAAUGCAGGAAGUAAAGCAGGAACUCAAAGCUGUAAAAGACGAACUGCAGAUAGGCGGUGCUAAGAUAAGCGUAAACAUUGACACUGCACUUAAAACACUUGGAAUUAAAACUGAGCCUGGUGACAAUAGCAGUAGCAACGCCCAUUCAGGUUGCAAUGAAAACAAAGACGCAGCUCCAUCAUCGCCAGUUGUAGAUAAAUUUGACUUUUUAAAGCAAAGUAUAGCUAAUAACUCACCAACUAAUGACGGCAACAAGCAACAGCAUAUGCUGCAGAAUCAGAAUUUGGAGGAGCAGGAGCAUAAACAAAACGAAUUACUACCGAAAAAGGAAGAGAAACCCAGUUGGCAUAGUGCAGUGACAGCGACACCCGCAUCGUUUGAAAAUUCGAAUUCCGAUUCAGUCGAGUCAAAUGUGGGCAAUGGCAAAUUACCGGCAUCCAAUUUCUAUCCGUCCAGUAAAAAGCAGCUGAAUGGCACUAUUAAGCGAGAUACGGCGCCCCUAACUGCUCCGUGUACUUAUAUCAAGAAGGAGUUUGAAAAUUUCGAUAUUGAAUCAGAAAUAACACCGAGUUUUAUUAUGAAAAAAGUAGAACAUAAAGAUGUGUUGUCGUCACCACCACCAACGCAGCUGAAUACCGCCAAAAUGCAUUACAAGCAAGCCAGGGAAAAGACCGAGCGCAAUAAUGCGCAUGAUCAGCAGCAACAACAGCAACAGCCAAGGGUAGCGACAAGUGCGCCAGCGGGUAAUAGUUUUGCUGCACAAUAUUUGCAACACAAUUCGAAGCAACAACAGUUACAGCAGCAACAGCAACAUCAACAGCAGCAGUUUAAGCAGCAGCAACAGCAAUUGAAGCAGCAGCAGCAGCAGCAACAGCAACAACAACAACAAGAAGACGAUUGGCUAUGCUUGCAGAAAGAGUUAAAUCUUAUCAACACCGAAAAUAAAAUGCCAUUGCAGCAUUUGAAUAAUCUGCAGCAAGAGCAGCAGCAGCAGUCACAGCCUAUGAAGUCGCUCAAUCUCUUUGAGCGCUCGCCUAGCAAUGAUAGCGGCAGCAGCAUGGGCACAGUUAGCAGCGGACAAUCUGGUCACUUAAUAGAUCUCUUCCCCAAUGGUUGUAUAAACAAGAACACCCAAUUGAGCCCCAGUAGUAGUGACUCCACCCAACACCAUGAACAGCAGCAACAGCAACAAAACUGUGAUCAAGGCGUGCAGCCUACCAGUGACCACCACCAAAACCACCAACAAGAGCAAGAUUCACAUAACCAUAUGCAGUCAACACUCAACGAAUUCUUUGACUCCGGUGACGACAUGGCAGAUGUACAUAAGUCGGUAGAGACGCGCCUGGAGGCCAUGUUCGGCGAGUCUCCUGUUCAUUUGAGUAAAAGUGGCGGAAGCGAUUCGCAAGACAUUGAAGCUGGACUAGAUGAGAUUUUCGGCGAUGACAAAUCAAACGAUAGCAACACCGACUCUAAUUCGAAGCAGCAGCAACAACGUCUGUGGGAUAGUGAGCUUUCUGCAGCAAACAAUUUUAUGCGAGUCACAAACACCCAAGAGGGUGGGCUAUUUGGAAAUGAGCAGCAGCAAAUGCAACUCAAUCAGCAACACUUGCAACAAAGCUUGCAAUUAAAUAUCACUAACAGUUCAACACGUUGGAUGCAAAACAUCGAUGCUCCAUUUGGCGAGUUCAUAGCCAACUCCACCAAUGACUGCUCCGAGUCACGUAAAAGGCGUUGGAAUGCUGAAUUAAUGUCGCCCGAUGCGGACGAUACUCUCGAUGGUGCAAAGAAGAUGUGCCCAAUGUCUGGUUCCUCGAGCUCAUCAUCGCCUAUAUCAGCACAGCAACAGCAGCAGCAACACCAGCAAACCCAACAACAUCACGAAAGUAUUAUGGAGGCUGAUCUACUGUCGCUACAUGAUGGCAUACGUGUGGAGCCUGCCGCAGCACAAAUGUUGCAAAUGUCUGCUCAGCAGCAAGCUGUCUUCUGCCAAACACAGCAGCAGUUCAGUAAUUUAUUGGAUGGUGUAGAUCACCAUCAACAACAUUUUACUAGCGCACAACACCAACAGCAGCAGCAAUCUCACCUUCAGCAUAGCCAUCACCAUCUUAACCACCAACUUCACACACACUUACAAACGCAUAUGCAAAGCAAUCAUAUCGGUGGAGGCGACUUUGAUGAUGACAUAAGUCGGCAUGUGCAGAAUGCCAUUGACAGCAUUUUGAAUUUGCAAAACAGUGAAUCAGCAGACUCGCUCAACUUCUCGUUAGAUCAUUCGAUGGGCUCGUUGCUCGGCGACAGCAUACUUGACGAUAGACAACAACAACAAACGACGGUAAAUUGCCAAGAUGGCGUUAAACGAAGGCACCAUCACCUUGUCGACGAAUUGGGCGAUUGUCUGAUCAGCGGUGGCGGCAGUGGAGCAGCAGCAGGAGACAACGCAAGCACCAUACUUUUGGAUAGCACUCAAAAUCACCAUGCACAACAACAACAGCAAGCACUGCUAAAUCAAAACCAUCACCAGGGAAUGCAGCAAAACAAUCAUCAACAACAAACCCAACACUUGCAUCAGCAGCAACAAUCGAUGUUAAGUAACGAUUUCGGCUGCGUUGCAGCUGGUCUCGUCGACGAAGCGGUCAAAUCGAUAAUGACAUCCUGACAACUUACUACAGCGGAUCAGCAGCAGAAUCAACAACAACUGCAAGCGCUCGCAUCGAGACAACGCGCUGUAGCUAGAUCUACAACAACGGCAGCAGCAGCAAUAACGGCGAUUACAACUGGUGGCAAUAGUAUUGGCAACAAUCGUAACAACAUUGUAAAUACAGGAGUGAUACUAGAGUUUAAUACAAGUGCUUUAUGAGCUGUGCGUCGUAAAAGAAGCGCUUAGUACGGCGUAUGUGUCUUGUAAAAGAGAAGUGGAGAGUGCAGAGUAAGGCGCAUCGUUAAAAGAGCACAUUUGGAACCACAUGCAGCUAUAAAAAACGAGCAUUAUUCUACAUUUCUUAUUAUGCCGUAUUUCCACUGGGCAUUAAAUGACUAAAAUAUUUAAUGAUAAGUUUUGGCAUUACAAACAAAUCGGUAUACCUACUUUCUGUCGGCCGCUGUGGCGUAGUGGUAAGCAGUGCGCGCUUUCACUCCCCUGCGCCUCGGGUCAAAGCAACAU